CUCGAUCCCCUUUGUUUUGUUCUGAAACGGCAUUUCUUUAAAAUAUUAUUUCAGGUGGCAACCUAGCUUGUCUUAUAAACAAAAAGAAUUGUUUUCAAUUUUGUGAUUUUAACACAGCCUGUGGAGAAGUUUUAUUUCAGCCACAACCAAUUUUAUUAAAUUCGUAAAUAUGUUUGAAUCGUCCUGCAUAUUGUGCUUGGAAAAAGCCAAUAUAUCAAAUGACCAAAUAAACAUCGACUCAGAGGAAGCACAAGCAGCAAAUGCCUGUCAGAUAAUUAAACAACAUUUCAAGGAAGAGCUAAGCAUGAUGACAUACUUAACAAAUAAAGUUGUUUGCAAUCAAUGCUGGGAACAGGUCCAAACGUUUCACGAGUUCUAUGAGCGUGUGAAAAAUGCUCAUAUAGUCGCAACUAACACUUUGAAGUCUUUACAAGAAAUGGAGAUACCAGUAACUGAAAUAAAAAUAGAGCCUGAUGCAGUAGACGAAUUAGCCUCUCCUACGAAGCGGCGGAGAGGGCGUCCACGCCGCCAAAAGGAGGACAGCACAGCAGUGGAAAAUAUACCAUUUCAUUUAAAAGAAUGCACUGUUAGAAUUGAGCCACUUAUAUUGCCAUUUAACAUUAAUAAUUGUGAAGACCACGAUUUAGAAAAUUUGGAAAUAAAGAGUGAAGAAAUGCCUUGCGAAAUUAUGGAUGCCGUAUCCAAUGAUGUUGACUGUAUCCAACGAUCCGAUAUUGAAAGUGAAUCGAGAAUGCCCAAAAAUUCCGCACAGCAGCAUGAUGAGCUUCCAUUAGUUCCAAAAAAGAAAAUAGUACAUAAAAAACGAGGUCUAAAGCGAAAGCGGAGGGAGUCAAAACCAAAGUUGAAACAAGAUGAUAAUAAACCACGGCAUAAAACGUCAGAUUAUGACGAUUAUAUUGCUCAACAUUUUAAGUUGUCUUGUUUUCUGUGCCAAAAAUCAUUGGAAAAUUUUACAGUAUUAAAAGCUCAUUAUCGUGAACAGCAUAAAACUAAUGGAUACGUGAAAUGUUGUGGAAAAAAAUUACUCAAGCGUGGUGUACUGGUUGAUCAUAUACACUUUCAUAAUGACCCAGAAUACUUCAAGUGUCAACAUUGUGGAAAAUUAAUGUCCGAUCGUCGUGGCCUUGAAACGCAUCUGCAAUAUUUUCACGGAUCUAGAGAGCGUAUAUAUCAGUGCGAUAUUUGUUCCAAAUCGUUCUUUCGUCGUGAAGUUCUCGCAAGACAUUACCAAAUACAUGCACCAGAAGAAGAGAAACAUAUCAAAUGUACGCAAUGUGAAAAGACAUUUUGUUCUGAAUAUAUUAUGAGACAACACUUAAAGCUGGUGCAUCUACACAUGUAUUCCAAGAUAUGUGAUAUUUGUGGAAAAUCUUUUCGUGGUAAUGAUGCACUGCGCCGACAUCUAGAAGAGCAUUCCGGUUUACCAAGAUCACUAAUUAAAUGUGAUUUAUGUGAUGCGCAAUUAACUACAAAGUAUGGUUUAGCUCGUCAUAUGAAAGUAAUGCACACUGUAGAGUAUCAAACGCCUCAGACUUGUCCUAUAUGUUCAAAAGUAUCGCCGACACUUCGAGCACAUCAUACCCAUUUUAAAUAUAUGCACGCCACAGAGAGGAAACAUGCGUGCAAACUGUGUGACAAAGCUUUCAAAAGACCCAAUGACUUACGAGAGCAUAUGACAACCCAUACAGGUGAGGUCUUGUAUACUUGCACAUUUUGUCCUCAAACAUUCAACUCAAAUGCGAAUAUGUAUGCACAUCGUAAGCGAAAGCAUCCAAAGGAAUGGGCUGAAAAAUGUGCAAAAAAAAAUAAUUCCAAUGGAAUGGGUAAACAGAUACAGAAGCAAUUAGAAUCCAUAUUAGAAUCUGCGGAUACUGCAGAAGAUCUAGAGCAAAAGAAAAGAAUAGACGAAUGAAUUUAUAUUGUUAUAAUAUUAAUUUAUUGAAUAAAAUGGUUGAGAAAUAUAAUAGGUUGAUAAUCAUUUAUGCAUUAAAACUCUAUUAAAGUUGAGAUUUCUCAUUCAAUUAAUUUUGAACUCUCAAAUCGGAGAAAUCAGUAUAUUUUAGGAUAACAACAAGAUACCGCACUCUCUGUUACCAAUAUUAAUCGCUCCCCUAACGAUCUUGAAAUCCAAAUUAGGCCGGCAAAGUUCACAGCAUGAUUCAAUAAGACAUCAUAAACUCAUUCGUAGUUUCCUCGCGUUUUGACUGUUGUAAUGGAUGUAUUAUGUAUGUACAAUGUUAUAAGCGUCGCCUUAAAAUUCGUUUUCUUCAUUACUAUGUUUUACAAAGUAAUUGAAAAAACUAAUUAUAAAUAUCGGAUUGGUUUGUUUUAAUCUGAAACAGCGAAUUUUUAAAUAAAUUAAAAAUUUAUCAGGUG